CAUGCGUCUGGACUCAGUCUGGAACAACAGCAGAUGAGCAUCCGUCUCUAACAUACACACACGCGUGUCUUUCCUUUCCUCACUCAUUUUUCUCACAUGGAGCUGUGCGGCGCAGACUUCAUUGAUAUCUGAAAGGGUUCUGAUGGACUGUGAGAGUAAGGCGGGUUCUUCAGUUUGACCUUCUUCUGAUUCUUCACCUUAUAAGGAUCAAACCGCAGCGAGCGGGGUCUCCUCUGUGGACGCGGGCCGGGUGACGGUCGCUGUGGUAUUCGUGUUUGUGUCUUUCCCGUGUUGUGGAAUGUCGGUCUGGAAGCCGGAGCAGAUUCCCAGAUUUGAGUCUGAAGGCUUGAUGCAUGAGCUCAGCGCAGACGGUCCAUCGCAGACGCUGACCCUGAGAGAGAUCCCACUUUCAGGAGGUCCGCGAAUCAGUGAUCUUCCUCGAACCUGAUGAGAUUCUGAGUUUCUGAAGUCUUGUUCAUGCCUGUCAUUACUUUGCAGGUCAAAGGGUGGAAUGUCGUAAGUCCAACGUGUGAGUCGUGUGUUGGUGGUGCUAAUGGGAUCUGGUGCCCCAUCAUGAGUUGCCAUGAUGCCGGAGGGCGGCGCCGUUAUGAAGACUCAGAGUUUACCCUGCGCAUUUACCCCGGAGCACUGUCCGAUGGCACCAUCUAUUGCCCCAUCGCCGCUCGAAAAGUCACUUCAGCAGCGGAGGUCAUCGAGCAGGUCAUCGAUCGACUGCAGUUGGACCGCACCCGACUCUACGUGCUAGCGGAAGUCAAGGAGUUCGGAGGGGAGGAAUGGAUCUUGAACCCAAACGACUGUCCUGUACAGCGCAUGAUGCUGUGGCCGCGCAUGGCUCUGGAGAACCGUCUGGGUGGGGACGAUUACCGCUUCCUCCUGCGGGAGAAGAACGUGGACGGAUCGAUCCACUACGGAAGCAUUCAGAUGUGGCUGCGGGUGACGGAGGAGAGGAGGAGGAUGAUCGAGCGCGGCCUCCUCCCUCAGCCACGCGCCGGGCAGUACGUGGCCGACCUCUGCGCCCUCCCGGACUUAAACGAGCGAACGUUGCUGGAGAACCUCCGCGGACGCUUCAGACAGGAGAAGAUCUACACCUAUGUGGGGGAAAUUCUAAUCGUCGUCAAUCCUUUCAAAUUCCUGCCCAUCUACAAUCCCAAAUACGUCAAAAUGUACGAUAAUCACCAGCUUGGAAAGCUGGAGCCGCACAUUUACGCGGUGGCGGACGUGGCGUAUCACACCAUGCUCCAGAGGAAGAAGAACCAGUGUAUCGUCAUCUCUGGAGAGAGCGGAUCGGGGAAGACCCAGAGCACAAACUUUCUGAUUCAUCACCUGACGGCGCUCAGUCAGAAGGGUUUCGCUAGUGGUGUCGAGCAGAUUAUACUUGGAGCUGGACCGGUUCUGGAGGCGUUUGGAAAUGCUAAAACAGCCCAUAAUAAUAAUUCCAGUCGCUUUGGCAAAUUUAUUCAAGUCAACUAUCAGGAGAGCGGCACUGUCAGGGGAGCUUAUGUAGAAAAGUAUCUCUUGGAAAAAUCCCGUCUUGUUUACCAAGAGCACAAUGAGAGAAACUAUCACGUGUUUUAUUACCUGUUGGCUGGAGCCAGUGAAGAUGAGAGGAAAUCAUUUCAUCUUCUCAAACCUGAAGAAUAUCAUUAUCUCAACCAGGUAUCAAUGAGAAUCCAUAGACAGCAACAGCAUUGGGGAAAUUACAGUGACAGUGAGCCGGAUUGUUUUACGGUGGAAGGAGAAGAUUUGAAGCAUGACUUUGAACGACUUCAGCUGGCCAUGGAGAUGGUCGGAUUCCUGCCGGCCACCAGAAAACAAAUCUUUUCAUUGCUGUCUGCGAUCCUGCACCUGGGAAACAUCCGAUACAAAAAGAAGACCUACAGAGACGACUCCAUCGAUAUCUGUAACCCUGAGGUGCUUCCUAUCGUCUCUGAACUGUUGGAGGUGAAGGAGGAGAUGCUGUUUGAAGCUCUGACCACACGUAAGACAGUAACCGUAGGAGAGAGACUGAUCGUACCGUAUAAACUAUCUGAGGCGGGGACGGUGCGAGACUCGAUGGCAAAGUCUCUGUACGGCGCUCUGUUCGACUGGAUCGUCUUCCGCACAAAUCACGCGCUGCUUUAUAAUAAAGACCUGGAGGAUUCAUCUAAGAUUUUGUCGAUCGGGGUGCUGGACAUCUUCGGUUUUGAGGAUUACGAGAACAACAGUUUCGAACAAUUCUGCAUCAACUUUGCAAAUGAAACUCUUCAGCAUUAUUUUAACCAGCACAUCUUUAAACUGGAGCAGGAGAAAUAUCGAUCAGAAGGGAUCAACUGGCACAUGAUCGAUUACAUUGAUAACACAGCCUGCAUUAAUCUGAUCAGUAAGAAACCCACAGCGCUGCUCCAUCUGCUGGAUGAAGAGUGCAAUUUUCCACAAGCGUCUAAUCAGACUCUGCUGGAUAAGUUUAAGCGUCAGCACGAGGGAAGCGGUUACAUUGAGUUUCCUGCUGUUAUGGAAUCAGCGUUCAUCAUUCGACACUACGCUGGAAAAGUCAAAUAUGGAGUCAAGGAUUUCCGAGAGAAGAACACGGAUCACAUGCGUCCGGAUAUCGUGGCUCUUCUGAAGAGCAGUCAUAGUGGUUUCAUCUGUAGUCUGAUGGGAAUUCAUCCGGUGGCGACGUUCCGCUGGGCCGUUCUCCGAGCGUACUUCAGAGGCGUCGUCGCCUUCCGUGAGGCCGGCAAACAACACAAAGACAAAAAGAGCGGUUCUGAUUCUCCGCUUCAGAAUCGUAAAAGUGUGGACAGCUUCAGUUUUCUUCAUCACCCCGUUCACCAGCGGAGCCUUGAGAUCCUGCAGCGAUGUAAAGAUGACAGAUACAAUUCGUGUAUAAAUAGAAAAAUGCCACGCACGCCGCUGUCAGACUUGCAAGGAACAAACACGCUUGGUGAGAAAAUACCCAGGGACGGCUGUAAUGUUCGUAGCACGAGAUCCUUCAGCUCAUCCCAUGAAGAAGAGGGAAUUUUUGUGAACAGCGCUAAUAACAAACUUCUGGAGAGAGCUCAGGGCAUCUUAAUGCGAAACAAGAACUACAAGACGAAGCUGAGUCUCCCGAAGCAUCUGCUGGAUGUGAAAUCAUUGAAGUAUUUGAGCUGUCUGACGCUUCACGACCGCAUCACUAAAUCACUUCUGCAUCUACACAAGAAGAAGAAACCACCGAGCAUCAGCGCACAAUUUAAUGUGUCUUUGAAUAAACUCAUGGAAACGUUGGGCCAAUCCGAGCCGUACUUUGUGAAAUGCAUCCGGUCAAAUGCAGAGAAGCUUCCCUUGCGUUUCAAUGACGCUCUUGUCCUGAGACAGCUGAGAUAUACUGGGAUGUUAGAGACGGUCAGGAUACGGCAGUCUGGAUACAGCGUUAAAUACACCUUUCAGGAUUUUGCUCAUCACUUUCAUCUGCUGCUACCCGCUGGGUUUUGUUCUGCUCAGAUGAGCAUCAGAGAGUUUCUGCGGACCGUCGACCUCGAUCCAAACACGUAUCAAGUGGGAAGAACGAUGGUGUUUUUGCGCGAGCAGUCACGUCAGAGAUUACAGGAUGAUCUUCAUCAGGAGGUGUUGAGGAGAAUCGUGUGUUUACAGCGACGCUUCAGGAGUCAUCAGGAAAGAAAACUCUUCUGCAGUCAGAGACGAGCCGCUCGACUCAUUCAGGGUUGGUGGCGUGACUGUAUGUUAAUGCGUGUCAUCGAGAGCUCAUGUGAUGAAGAGCUCCAGCAGGAGGCUGUAGUUUGUCUGCAGGCAGCAUGGCGAGGUUACAGAGAGAGACGACUCUACGUGAUGAAGAAAGAUGCAGCUUUACUCAUCCAGAGACGCUGGAGGAGAUGCCUGCAGACACGAGCGAACGCAGCCCAACUCAUACAGGUGACCUGGCAGACGUACAGACAGAGACGGAGAUACCUGCAGCUGCGCAGGGCAGUCGUAACGCUACAGGCCGCCUGCAGGGGGCAUCAGACUCGACAGAGGUGCCGCAUUCUGAGAGAGCAGCAGAGACAAAAGAAAACACUCGAAGCUGAAGAGCAUCUUAACACUGAGAUGAGAAGUUUACAUGUUCAUCAAAACACGUUUGAAGUCCAGAUGACUCAGCCGGACAUGGAGAUAUCUAAACCUUUAUCUGAGGAGCCUCCACAGGAGGAACAAGAGAAGCGAUCUGUCGAUCCUCCUCGACCCGUAGACGACAGCACGCUAAAGAGCCGUAACAAACGCGAGAGCCGAAGAAAACGAGAACUCGAACAAGCCACGUUCAGUUUAGAGCUGCUCAAAGUCCGAUCCGGUUCCUUACCUAACUCGGAUCAGACUGAAAUAUCAGUCGGCGAGCAUCUGCCUUCCUCACCUCACGCUUCUUUAGAGAGCCAGGAUAGCUUUGAGCUCCUCAUCUCUCACAAUGAAAAACCAGAGACGUCCGAACAUCCUCCUCAAAAAUCCGAGCCGAUGGAGGUGAACCGAAACGAAUGCUCGCCAAGCCCACCAUCCUGUAAACCCUGCUUCUACAUCCCAGAUGAAGAAAGCAGUCCGGCCAAAAGUGCACCAGGGACACCGAACGGCACCAAGCAGCUCCGUGAGAAGAAAGAGUCGAUGAUCGUCAUUAUCAGCAUGCAGAAGGACCAGAGCGGCAUUAAAGCCCCACAGAAACCAGAGACAGACGCCAUGGAGAUAAUACCAGCUGCUGAAACUCUCUCAGAAGAUCAGUGGAAUGGAGUUCAUGCUCUUCCAAAACUUCAGUCGACCUCAACAACUGAGACUCAAAGCAAUCUUAGCUUAUCCUCUUCUCAGCCCACCUCUCAACCCCUCCAGCUGGACCGGAGGGUGGAGACGACAGGACAGGAAGUGACCUCAGAAGCAUCUCAGAAGAAAGUCACUCAGAGCAUCAGUAUCAGUAUGAAAGAGAAACCAACUAAUCUGACCAAACGCAGCCGACUUACCUUCUCCAAGUCAGAUAAAGAUCUGGUGAAUCAAGAACGUUCUCUAGCUAUUCAACGAGAAGCAGGAUUCAGAUCUCUGAAGAACAGAGAGGUGAGCACAGCGGGUGGUAAAAAGAAAGCUCGUAUGGCCGGGACUCGCUCUGAUUUCCUCACGCGUGCCUGUAGCACAGAGGUGGAUUCUAAUGAGGAUGAAGAUGAUGAAUACGAGUACACGCCUGUGCUGUUUCGCACACUUCCUCUCCCAGAAUCCCCGGGUUCACCUGAGCCCGACCCGGCCUGCCACAGCGACUCUGAGAUGUCAUCUCAGAAGGAGCAGAAGAGGAUUCAGAAGACCAUGUCUUCAGGAGAUCUUGGGAAGAUGGACUCUAUCAGAAAGUCUUUAUCUCACACUGACAGCAGGGUCCGAGGGAAAAUGCGCUUCUGGAGCAAAAGCAAGCAUGGAGAUAAGAAGAUGUCCACCAGGGGGCGUUCAGCAGACUCUGAGCUCACUGACACGAGGAACAACUCUCCACCGAGAAGUCCUGAACACACUGAGCGUGGACGGGACAGCAAAGAGAACCGGGAGCCGAUGAUGAUGAUGGGCAUGAUGUCGAUGAAGAGGAGACGCAGUGUCAAGAUCAGCAGCGUGUCUCUGGAAUCUUCAGCCUGGCAGAACGACUCUCUACACAUCCUCACCAACACAUCAGACUACAGAUCCAUGAAUGAUUUCCUCAUGAAGAAGAUCAGUGAUCUGAAUGCUGAAGACUGUCAUAAGGACUCACCAGUGGAUGUGGUGUUUAAAAAAGCUUUGAAAGAGUUUCGCCUCAACAUCUUCAACUCAUAUUCCACCGCUCUGGCUAUGGAUGACGGCAGGAGUAUUCGAUAUAAAGAUCUCUACGCUCUGUUUGAGCACAUUCUGGAGAAGACCAUGCGUCUGGAGCAGCGCGACUGGAGUGAAUCUCCUGUUAAAGUCUGGGUCAACACAUUUAAAGUUUUCCUCGAUGAAUUCAUGAAUGAACACAAGCCUAUGGAGGGAACCAUCAGUAAGGCUCCCAAACCCGAGAGGAAGAAGAGAAGAAAAAAGGAAUCAGACAUUGUUGAAGAACACAUGGGUCACAUCUUUAAAUCUACUCAGUACAGCAUCCCAACCUACUGUGAGUUCUGUUCAUCUCUCAUCUGGAUGAUGGACAAGGCCUGCGUCUGCAAACUCUGCCGUUACGCCUGUCACAGAAAGUGUUGUCUGAGGAUGACCACCAAAUGCAGUAAGAAGUUUGACCCCGAGCAAUCUUCACGACAGUUCGGUGUGGAGUUAACCCGUUUAACCGGUGAUGAGCGACCCGUCCCGCUGGUGGUGGAGAAGCUGAUCAACUACAUUGAAAUGCAUGGACUUUACACUGAGGGCAUUUAUAGGAAAUCUGGAUCCACCAAUAAAAUCAAAGAACUCAAGCAGGGUCUGGACACAGAUGUAAACAGUGUGAAUUUGGACGACUAUAACAUCCACGUCAUCGGCAGUGUUUUGAAGCAGUGGUUACGCGAUCUUCCCAACCCCUUAAUGACGUUUGAACUUUAUGAGGAGUUCCUCAGGGUUAUGGGUCUACAGGAUAACGGUGAGGUUGUUCAGGGCGUUUACUCCAUCAUCGAUCAGCUCAGCAGAACUUACCUGAGCACACUGGAGAGACUCAUAUUUCAUUUAGUCAGGAUCUCAUUCCAGGAGGAGACGAACCGGAUGUCUGCUAAUGCUUUGGCCAUUGUGUUUGCGCCCUGCAUACUGCGCUGUCCCGACACCACGGAUCCUUUACAGAGCGUCCGGGACAUCGGCAAAACCACAGCGUGUGUGGAGCUGAUCAUCUGUGAGCAGAUGAGGAAAUAUAAAGCCCGUCUGAAAGAUAUCAACACGCUGGAGUUUGCCGAGAGCAAAGCAAAGAGUCGCCUCACACACAUUCGCAGAUCAAUGAAACCUGUACUAAUAGCGGUUAGGUUUAUUGGCAUUACGAGAACUGCCACGCCGCCAAACGUGCUUAAAAAGAGUAAAGCGCGUUUACGCAAGACCGGUCACCACACCCCCUCACCACCUCUGAGCCCCCGGAUGACAGAGAGGGAGGAGCCAGGUGAUGAGGGGGCGGAGUCUGGGAUGAGCGAGCAACAGCAAGCGGCCAUGCAGCAAGAAGAGAAAGUUUUGACCCAACAGAUAGAAAACCUGCAGAAAGAGAAGGAAGAACUGACAUAUGAGAUGUUGGCUUUGGAGCCCAGAGCGUCUGAUGAUGAAAUGUUGGAGUCAGAAAUGUCCAUCGGAACAGCAGACAGCUCUGAAAACCUCAUGGAACCGGAUGGUGCCGUGUCUGAUCAGUGGGAAAGAAAUCUCGCUGGAGCGUCACGCUGGGGAAAACUCGAGUCCAAAAGCAGACGAGCUUUACGUCGCCAACCCGAGUCUCUGGACUCUGUGGACUCUGCCGUGUCGUCUCUUUCCUCCGUGUCGUCCAUCCCUCACUAUCGUUUCCGCUCUUCUUCUUCUGGACCUCUUUUCUCUUCUGCCUCAUCCGGCGGAGACUUGCGCGUUCUCCUCGAUCAGGAGGCAUCUGAACAAGCUUCCCUGACCACCCGAUGUGCCUCCAGCUCGGAGAAAAGCCGACCGCGGCCCAGAGGGAACCGGAGCUGCCCGCCCAAGUCCCGUGAGCCCGGGGAGUGCAGCGUGCGCAGGAGGGAACAUGACUUUGGUUCUGCUCAGCCUUUAGUGCUCUAUGGAAGUAAUGAGUUUAUGGUGUGAUGGUAAGUGCCCUACCCAGUGGACGACUUUAAGGGACGUACAGAUAAAGUGUAAGAAAAUGCUGGGUGUCACGAGCGAUCGCCUUGAUAUAUCUACGACCUACUGACUGUAAAGUGGACCAGCUGGACCGGUCCAUUUUUUGAAACCGAUUCUAAGAGUAGUUCAACAGGGAAAGUGUGAUUUUUAAUCUCUUAUGUUCAUUUUCAUGUUUACAGAACUGAGCCAAUGAGAGGAGGUCAUGUGACUUCCAUUGACUGCAUGCCAUGUUGCUAGAUGUUUUGUUUUCACUCUGUGAUUUGAUAAAUAUGUAAAAUAAUAUAUUAUUGAUAAAGAGUGGUGUAUAUACCUGUGCUGCUGAUCAACCCAUGUGAAAGAUUUAUGGUGUGUUUGUUUUUGUCUGUUGUUUACUUCGACUGAAUCUCACAGAAGCGUCUUCUGGUCACAUUUCAGACAAAUAUACAAAAAAUAUGAGAUUUUAUUUCUGAAUUUUCAUUCCUGUUGCUUUAAUUUCAGAAUUGGUCAGCAUAGUACAGUGAUGAGUUUUUCAUUUUGCCAUUACAAGACAUUUUUGUCAGACAUGAGGUGAUUUACGCUAUUGUGAGAUUCAUCUAGAUGGUUUUGCUUCUGUUAGUUCCAGAUUCACACUUUCUCUUCAGAUGAAUCAUGCUGAAGGGACGAGAAAUGUGAAAGGUGUUACGUACGUCCCACAAUGCUUUGCUGGUUUCAUUUACAAUUUGCCCUGUUUACUCAGUGUUACGUGCAACUGAUUCAGGACUUGAAAUAUGUUUUUAAUGUCAUGACUGUUUUGUUCAUUUGUACAUUGCUAUUAAGUAUUUUUAUACAUGAUAAGUUUUAUUGAUUUCUAUUAUAGAAAUAUAUAUUUUGGUGUAAUGUUACGCUGUGCCAUCUGAAGUCACACAUUAAGGGCCAGAUUUACUAACAGCUUGCGUCAGCUCAAACCGUCAUUUUGAUGUUAAAUCGGGAUAUACUAAAGGUUAGUUCUUUUUGCCACUGACGUAAUAGCAUAUGCAUUUCUAGGAGUUUAUGAAAGGAGAUUAUUUAACCUCCUUAGACCUGGAUGUCCCCAUACGUGAACGUCUUAUUUUUUUGUUGUGUGCACCAUAAUACUUAAUUCUGUGUAACUGGAACCUGUUGUACACAAACGUGGACAAUUACACCGCUUCAUGUUCAAUUAAAAAUAUUUGGUUAUUAUAUUUAUAGGUUCUUCCUAACCCCAAAAUAGCUGAAAGAAAUCUGAAAAAAAAGACAAACCAAAGCCUGGGUCUUAAAAUGAUUCACGCAAUGUGAUUUACUAAUGUUUGCGCAUGUGAUGGUAUUUGCGCCGUUAUUUAACGCAGAAAAAACGUCUUAAAUCAUUUUGCACUUGAAAUGGCUGAAGAGAACAUGUGAUACAAGGCAAAGGAUUGUUUUAAUGGGUAUCAGUUUAUUCCGAAUGACAGAGGAACAUAUUAUUCAAAAAUAUUGUUUGCCAAGCCAUGUUAUUUAUUAUUUGCCGAAGUAAAUAAAAUAGGAGUCACUAGGAGAAGUCACACAAUACCAGACAUUUUUUUGUCCUCCGGUUCUUUUCAUUGUCUUAUGGCUUUGUGAGCUGGGAUUUCACACCCUGCAUUUUCCGCUGCGAUGUCGGUGGUGCUGAACUCAAGCACAUCAGGUGUCAGUAGAUCAAACGCACCUGAGGAGCAUCAGCUCUGUUCAUUUGUAACCCUGAACUCAUUUGCGCUGCUCUUAGUAGAUUGUGUUGGUCUUUAUGAAUUUAUUUUGCACCUUUUAAGUAAAUAACCCCCAGAUAUUACCACUCCCAUCUGCACUUUUCUGGAAUUGCGCUCUUGUGCUAAAUUGCCCCAUUUAGUAAAUCUGGCCCUAUGUUUCUUAAAAUGAUUUUCUUGUAAUGUUAUAUAUUGUAUGACAAACACAUAACGGUUCUCCUGCUGAAGGUUCAUAUACACUUCAUCUACACUUAAUAUCAGAAUUAUAACCCAAUGCACAUCUGUAGGUAUAGAAAAAAACAAUGAAUGCAAAAAAACUAACAGCAGCAAAAAGCUACAUAUAUAUACAUUAUAGUGAUAUCACACAGUGAACUUAAUGUACAGGGAUUGUGUCUCCACAAUGGGGAUUGUGUUUGUUUGUUUUUGUUUUGUGUGUGUGUGUGUUGUGUCACAGAAAAUUGUCAUUCAUAUAUACGACUUUACAUCAUAGCCAUCAUCAUGGUGCAAUAUCACGAGACAUAUUAAGCUACAUUUUGAGUACUAUACUAACUUUAUUUUAACCCUAUCCUAAUCCCAACUGCCCAACCGAGAGCUGUGUUUUCUGGAUAAAAGCACAAUAAUGUUUACAUUUCUCAAUCGAUUUCAGUAUUCAGUCUUAGAUUUUAGUUUACAAUCUACAUGGAAUACAACGACAUUCUUGGAGAAUGAAUAAAUGUCAUUAAGCUUCAUUGUGGAAACUCAAACUUGUCAAGCAUUGAUUUGACUUAUUUUCUAGGUAAAUAAUUGUGUAUAGCCAUCACAGAAUUAUGCACAUUUUUAUGGCAUACAAGUUUUUUCAUUGUAGACUUUUAUUCUUGUUCUCUGAGCUCAUUUACACACAUCAGAUAGUGACACGCUGCAGUCAGUCUCUUUUCUGUGUCCAAAGCAGACGAUUACAAAAACAGUUGUAAGAUAAUUCAUCAUGGAUUUGUGGUUGAGAAAUAUAAAUGUUAUUUUACCUUUUAAUUCAGAAAAAUGCAGGUCAUUCGUUCACUUGUAUGUGUUUAUAAAACAGUCUUGCCCUCCCCAAUAUGGCGGCGCCGUUAACACAUCACAGCACAGGCCAAAGCACUUUGUGUGGUCAGAAUAGUUUCUUUCAAAUAUUUGUUGUCAUUUGGGCGUGCUGUUGUUAAAAACACUUGAAGUUUCUCAGCUCUCAAGAUUGUGAAUUGUUGCAUCACAGUGACGUGGCUGAAGCGGUCAUGUACUUUGCCUGGAGUAGCUUAUGUUUCAGGUUUAUAAUCAGAUGUUUUUUUUCUGAGGCAUGUAUUAUCUUAUGUAUGAUUAUUAUUAUUUAUGUUGAAUGAUCCUGCUUUGUGCUUUCAGAAUCUCUGUGUUUGCAGAUGUCAACGGUGCAAUUUGUGUCAUAUUUCUUUAAUGUGAGAAUCACUGUGUAAGGAUGUAAAAAGCAAAUGAACAUAAGCAUUGUUUUAUUACAAAAAUGA